AUGAGGCAGAGAAGGUGGCUUGAGUUAAUCAAGGAUUAUGAUUGCACCAUCAAUUAUCACCCGGGAAAAGCUAAUGUUGUAGCCAAUGCCUUAAGUAUGAAGUCAAUGGGACUAGCAGUUGUAACCCUUACCACUCAACAUAGGUUGUUAAUGGACCUAGAAAAAGUCGGUAUUGAGGUUAUCACUAGUGAUACAAGUACUUUCUUGGCCAGUUUAAUAGUUCAACCAACCUCAAUAAAUAGAAUCAAAGCUGCUCAAAAAGUGGAUUUAGGGUUGGAGAUACUAAUGGAAGAAGUCGGGAACGGGAGCAAAGUUGACUUUAGCAUUUUCGAGGAUGGAGUUUUAAGGUUUAGAGGUAGAUUGUGCGUGCCAGCUAAUGAAGAACUGAAAAUGAUUCCAGAGUGGAAGUGGGAGCAUAUCUCCAUGGACUUUGUGACAGGCCUACCAAGGACAUUGAGCGGACAAGAUGUUAUAUGGGUGAUCGUGGAUCGCUUGACGAAAACCGCUCGUUUUGUGCCCAUUAAAGUUUCUUAUAAACUGAACAAACUAACUGAGUUGUAUGUGCGGGAGAUAGUGAAGUUGCAUGGGGUACUGGUAUCAAUUGUGUCGGAUAGAGACCCUCGUUUCACUUCCAAGUUCUGGCGAAACUUACAGGAGGCAAUGGGUACUAAGUUAAGUUUCAAUACUGUAUUUCACCCUCAGACAGAUGGAUAG